AUGGUCAGCGCCAACGCUAACACCCGACCAUUGCUCCAACCUCUUUUAAACAUUCUGCCAUCUCUUGGCCCACAAGUUCUCCACAUAUUUAUCAAUCACUUGCCAUUCGAAUGGUUUCUCAAUUCUAAUAUCACUUUUACAGUCCCACUUAACGACCCAAGUAAAAUAUUAGCUAAUCAAAUUAGUCAAACCUUGACACCUAAACACUUCACUACGACGUUCCCUAUUGUCGACGCAGGCAACCGUGCCGACUGGUCAGAAUUAGCUGAAUUUCGCUCUGCUCGCUCAAAAAUUACACGCAGAAAACAUUUAUGGAGCUUCUUAAGUUUCAUGUUACGUUGGAACGUACCAGACACGGUGUACGACAAAUACUGCCAACGCUCAUAUGACAAAGCUCUUACUUUAACAACUCCGGUUAAAACUUAUCAUGAGUUGCUCCAACUCCUUCGCGAACUUGACGCCUUACCUUACUUGAGACCUAAUUUUGAUACGGUCAUAGUACAACUCUUAAGAACCGCGUUCCUGCACAAACCAAUCCAUAAAGUUAUCAAACAAAUCCACAAAGAAACCACAUCUUAUUGGGAUUUCUGUUACGUUUUCGAUUCAAGCUUUUAUGAAUUGGUUCCACCUAACAUUAAAGGUAAACCAUGUCGCCGUCCUCCUGUCCAUCACUUUUUAAGGAAUGGUUUACCACGUUGUUAUCGGGACUUACCCACCACUCCCACACCAAUUGCCGCCACUGCGCUUAAACCCAUUACACAUAUUCCUGAUACAAAUCAUCAACUUAUCGUUAGUACUCUGGACUUAGAAACAACUCCUGACACAGCUCCAGAAACACUCAAAGACAUUAUUGAUGAAAACAAAGCACAGAAACUUGAAAUCACAUCUUCACCUGCACGUCCAGAUAAGCACAGAGUCAAUAUCAACCGGACUGCUCCUUUUCCACCAAAUCGGCCUCUUUCUAAAACCGCUAUGGCCGCUGAAUUAGCUAUCACCAACAGCACAACGGGAUUGCUGGGACUUGGUACGAUGGCACUCACUACUAGUCAUCGCCACAGUCCACCUUGUGUUGUCUUUAAGAAACCCGACCCCCGGGGUAUCGGGGGAUGUCACAUACAGGGCAUCUACGAGCGAACUGCAGAUACGCCCGCCAAUUAG